AUGGGUAAUGCUGCAAAGACUUUUGCUAUUCCUCCUGGGACAUAUAGCCCUGAUGAUUUGGUCGAUGCACUGACUGCUGGAUUUAACUCGACUGGGACGCAAGCAUACACCGUAGAAUACAAUCAUAUAAACAAUCAAAUCACAGUGACCGCGGGUACAACACCAUUCAAAGUUCUCUACCCUCAAACCACAGCAAGCAAACUGCUCGGAUUAGUUCAGACGCAGCAAUCUGACCCUGGGAGAUCAAUAACUUUUGCGAAUCCAAUCGAUUUGACAGGUGUUAAGAUGGUGCUCGUCUCAUCAUCAAACUUACGUUCUAAUGAUGUUGUAGUUGCUGGAGCCGAUGAUCUGAAUAUUCUAGCAUCGAUUCCAAUAAGCCAGGAAAUAGACACCGUGCUGUGUGCGCAGAAUUAUUUCGAUACCGACUUCAUUGACACGGAGUCAGGCCUUGUUAGUACCAUCGACAUCCGUUUGCUUGAUGCUGAAACGCUAUUGCCGAUUGAUUUACAGGGCAAAGGGUUCACUUUGGUUCUUGAUUGUCAUUCCUCCGGCUUUGCAGAUGAUUAA